AUGGAUUCCGAAAGCCUAUUGCUUUCCUUGGAGCUGGCAUCAGGCAGCGGGCAGGGUUUAAGCCCGGACCGUCGGGCCUCGCUGCUCACCUCUCUGCUUCUCGUUAAACGCGACUACCGCUACGAUCGGGUGCUAUUCUGGGGCCGGAUCCUCGGCCUGGUCGCUGACUACUACAUCGCACAGGGCUUGGGCCCGGACCAGCUGGGGGAGCGGAAAAGCUUGUACAGUUUGAACUGCAUGGAAUGGAGCCUCUUGCCACCAGCGACAGAAGAGAUGGUGACCCAGACAUCCGUGGUGAAGGGCCGCUUCAUGGGGGACCCUUCGCAUGAGUAUGAGCAUGUUGAGAUGCAACGCAUGACUGAAGGAGACAGGACAUAUGAAGAUGAGGUGGUGGUCCAAAUCAAGGAGGAAUCUCGACUAGUGUCAGUCAUUGAUCAGAUUGAUAAGGCAGUGGCCAUCAUUCCCCGUGGAGCCUUCUUCAAGACCCCCUUUGGACCUGUCCAUGUCAAUAGGACAUUUGAAGGAUUGACUCUGGCAGAUGCCAAGAAGCUCACUUCCUACUUCCACUUUGCGGAGCCUAUAGAAUUAAAGAACAAGAGCCUUCUGGAGAAAGCUGACUUGGACCCUUCCUUAGACUUUCUGGACAACCUAGAACAUGAUAUCCCUAAAGGGUCCUGGAGUGUCCAGAUGGAGAGAGGAAAUGCACUGGUUGUGCUACGAAGUUUGCUCUGGCCAGGGCUGACAUUCUACCAUGCUCCCAGGACCAAGAACCAUGGUUAUAUUUAUGUGGGCACUGGUGAGAAGAACAUAGACUUGCCCUUCAUGCUGUGACUAGGGUGUGCCUCAGCCUGGGUACUACUUAAUAUGCCGAGAAACUUUAAUAAUAUUUUCAUAAAUCCACAUGAAUUUAUGUGUUUACAGUACACUUGCCUACUUCCCUCUUAGGCUUCCAGUCUUUGAGAUAGCCAUUGGUGACAGAGCUUAGUUCUAUGUAGAGCAGGCAGUGGAAGUUUGUAGGGAUGCAGGUGAUAGCUACCAAUAAACUCCUGGGAAGGGAUGCCAAACAGCAUCUGGGUAAGAGAUUAAGCCCAGAUGACGGGAAAGCUCAUCCAGAGUCCCUUCUUUGGGUAAGUUAAGUGCAUGGCCGAGUGCUGUACUCAGAACAGGGGGUGCUCAUACAGGUCUGUAGUCUUUGCUUCCCUCAAUCCAACCCCCUAGUGAGAACUUAUA